ACCCAGCAGCAUGAAAGGAGGGAAGCGGGACAGCCGCGAGGGCACCCAGGGUGCCAGGGGGAAGAUGACGCUGCCCCUGGCCCUGGUGGCUCUGAUUUCUGCCUUUGGCUCUUCCUUCCAGUACGGCUACAACGUGUCUGUGAUCAACUCCCCUGCCCCGUACAUGCAGGGCUUCUACAACAGCACCCACCUGGAGAGGACAGGGCUGCCCAUGGCCAGGGGCUUCCAGACCCUGCUCUGGUCACUCACAGUGUCCAUGUUCCCCCUGGGCGGCCUCUUUGGGUCACUCCUGGUGUGGCCCAUGGUCAACAAGUGCGGCAGAAAGGGCACUUUGCUGAUAAAUAACCUCUUCUCCAUCGCUGCUGCCAUCCUCAUGGGGACCUCAGAGCUGGCAAAAAGCUUUGAGGUGAUCAUCCUCUCGCGUGUUCUCAUGGGGGUAUUUGCUGGCCUGGCUUCCAACGUGGUUCCCAUGUUCCUCGGAGAAAUGUCCCCCAAGAACCUGAGGGGAGCUGUGGGGGUGGUGCCACAGCUCUUCAUCACCAUAGGCAUCCUCGCAGCUCAGAUCCUGGGGCUGCACGGCAUCCUCGGCAAUGCCAGAGGGUGGCCUGUGCUGCUGGGGCUCACCGGGAUCCCGUCCCUGCUCCAGCUCCUGGCACUGCCCCUCUUCCCCGAGAGCCCCAGGUACCUGCUCAUCCAAAGGGGCUCCGAGGAGCAGGCACGGACAGCUCUGCAGAGGCUGAGGGGCUGGCAGGACGUGGAUGAGGAAAUUCAGGAGAUGUACCAGGAGGAUCGCUCCGAGAAGGAGGAGGGGCAGUUCUCUGUGCUCAGCCUGUUCACCUUCAGGGGCCUCAGGUGGCAGCUCAUCUCCAUCAUCGUCAUGAUGGCAGGGCAGCAGCUCUCGGGGGUCAACGGGGUUUUCUACUAUGCAGACAGGAUCUUCGAGGCAGCAGGGGUGCACAGCAGCAGCAUCCAGUAUGUCACCGUGUCAAUAGGUGCCAUCAACGUGGUCAUGACUCUGCUGGCUGUUUUCAUCGUGGAGUCCCUGGGGAGGAGGAUCCUCCUCCUGGCUGGCUUUGUGCUGUGCUCUGCCUCCUGUGCAGUCCUGACCCUGGCCCUCAACCUCCAGAGCUCUGUGUCCUGGAUGUCCUACCUCAGCAUCGUCUGUGUCAUUGCCUACAUCAUUGGACACGCCAUCGGACCCAGUCCCAUCCCUGCCGUGAUGAUCACCGAGAUGUUCCUGCAGUCGUCGCGGCCCGCGGCGUUCAUGGUGGGCGGCUCUGUGCACUGGCUCAGCAACUUCACCGUGGGGCUGCUCUUCCUCUACAUGGAGGCUGGGCUGGGGCCCUACAGCUUCCUCAUCUUCUGCGCCAUCUGUGUCGCCACCCUGCUCUACAUCUUCUUCAUCGUUCCCGAGACCAAGAAUAAAACCUUCAUGGAAAUCAACAGGAUCAUGGCCAAGAGGAACAAAGUGGAGGUUCAGGAAAGCCAAGAGCCUAAAGAUUCCUACCCCCUGAGCAGGCAGGAAGAGAAGAAAUCGCUCUCCAGCACUGAGAUGUGAGCCAGCUGUGUUUGGCCUGACAGGAUCUGUUCAGCAGGAAAACAAAUCCAGGGAUUCCUCCUUUGAUGCUGAUCUGACAAUCACAGAACUGUUAAGGCUGGAAAAGACAUUUAACAUCAAAUCCAACUGCAAACCUAACGCUGCCAAAUCCUCCUCUUGUUCCAAGGAAAAGGAAAUGUCCUCAGCCAGCUCAGUCUGUGACCAAGGAGCUGAUGAGUGUCCCUGGUGUCCUGGUGGCACACCCAGGGGACACAAGGCAGCCCUUGGCCUGGCUGUG